AAUCAAAGCCCCGGUCAGCCCACUACUGGUCAGGAGAUACCAAAAAGCCUUCCCUCUUCUCGUCUUCUCAUGGCUCCUCGGUUGAGGUCUUCAUUAGCCCCGCCCUCUCCGAGUAUCCUCGGAGCUCCGCCGCAGAAUCACCGGCGGCGUUCGUCCACCCCACCCCCUCCUCUCUCUGUUAACCCUUCCCCUCUACAACAAGCUGAGAUUAGCUUAGCUGGAAGCUUGAAGAAGCAGCAGAAGGAUGCACAGGUCACGCUCUCUGGAACGUCCCAGAGUCAGACCAAGCAGGUCAUGUUAUCAAGACUCCCUACCAAGGAUAGAUUGCACCGUUGGGGAGUAACACCGGAGGCACUAUGCGUACUAUGCGAGGCGACAGAGGAAACGCAUCAGCACUUAUUCUUUGAAUGCAGGUUUAGUGCUCAAGUGUGGAACUAUUAUGCUGUACUUUGCAGGCAAAACCCUCCUCAAGCAUCUACCAAUAUGUGUAUUGGGUGGAAAACGCAACACACAGCGAAGUGAGAGACAUGCCAAGGAUCAUCAAGUUCCUCCUCCAAGUCACGUUAUAUGAGUUAUGGAAAGAAAGAAAUCAUCGGAUUUUCCGGAGAAAGAAGAGAACACUGGAGCAUACUCGAUGGAAGAUCGACCGAACCAUCAGAACAAUUUUAAUAUCUAUCAAAGGGAAUUCACCCAAUGAUAGGGAGUCGAUACUUGCAGAUUGGUAUUACUUGACGCGAGAAACAAGAAGAUAAGCUAGUGUUGCUGUAAUUUUUGAGAUUUAUUACCAUUUCCUUAUGGGUUCCAAAAUCUUUUGCAUACUCGCAAAAGCGAGGUUGUAAUUUCUUUUGGUAUA